CGAUGGAUCAUCUCUAGGCCUAUCGCUCGAUAACCAAAACAAAACAGCUGCUGCGACGUCACACGUGCAAUUUAGGCGAAAUUCAUUCGGAAAAUGAAGCCAAAAAAGAAGUUGGGUGUCGGCCUGAGCCGCGAGGAGCGACAGGUGCUGGUUAUCGGCGAGAUCAUCCAGGAGCUGCUGCAGGCGCACGAAGCCAAGAAGGAUGUGAACCUCAACAGGAUGAAAUCCUUGGUUUCCUCCAAGUACGGACUGGACAGCUCGCCGCGCCUGGUUGACAUCAUUGCAGCCGUUCCGCAGGACGCCAAAAAGAUCCUGCUACCCAAGCUAAGGGCCAAGCCCAUUCGCACAGCCAGUGGAAUUGCCGUGGUGGCCGUCAUGUGCAAGCCGCAUCGCUGCCCCCACAUCAACAUGACCGGCAACAUCUGCGUCUAUUGUCCCGGCGGCCCGGACAGCGACUUCGAGUACUCCACGCAAUCGUACACGGGCUAUGAGCCCACCUCGAUGCGUGCCAUCCGGGCUCGCUACGAUCCCUUCCUGCAGACGCGCCACCGCGUCGAGCAGCUUAAGCAGCUGGGCCACAGCGUGGACAAGGUGGAGUUCAUCGUGAUGGGCGGCACGUUCAUGUGCCUGCCGGAGGAAUAUCGCGACUACUUCAUUCGCAACCUGCACGACGCGCUCUCCGGUCACAGCAGCGCCAAUGUGGCCGAGGCCGUUCGCUACUCGGAGAAGUCGCGCACCAAGUGCAUUGGCAUCACCAUAGAGACACGGCCGGAUUACUGCCUCAAGCGGCACAUCUCGGACAUGCUUAACUACGGCUGCACUCGGUUGGAAAUCGGCGUGCAAUCGGUCUACGAGGACGUGGCCAGGGACACGAAUCGAGGACACACCGUACGGGCGGUCUGCGAAAGCUUCCAGCUGGGCAAGGAUGCCGGCUACAAGAUCGUCACGCACAUGAUGCCCGAUCUGCCGAACGUGGACUUUGAGCGCGACAUCGAGCAGUUUAUCGAGUACUUCGAGAAUCCCGCCUUCCGCUCCGACGGCCUGAAAAUCUAUCCCACACUCGUCAUUCGCGGCACAGGCCUCUAUGAGUUGUGGAAGACGGGCAGGUACAAGUCCUAUCCGCCAUCAAUGCUGGUGGAUUUGGUGGCCAAGAUUUUGGCCCUUGUGCCACCUUGGACACGAGUCUACCGCGUGCAGCGCGACAUUCCCAUGCCGCUGGUUAGUUCCGGCGUGGAGCACGGAAAUCUCCGCGAAUUGGCUCUGGCCCGAAUGAAAGACCUUGGAACAACCUGUCGCGAUGUGAGGACGCGUGAGGUGGGCAUUCAGGAGAUCCACAACAAGGUGCGCCCCUACGAAAUCGAGUUAAUUCGCCGGGAUUAUGUGGCCAACGGCGGCUGGGAAACGUUCCUCUCCUACGAAGAUCCCGAGCAGGACAUACUCGUCGGUCUGCUGAGGCUGCGCAAGUGCUCGCCGGACACCUUUCGGCCGGAGCUGAAGGGCGCCUGCUCCAUUGUGCGCGAACUGCAUGUUUAUGGCUCGGUUGUGCCGGUUAAUGCCCGCGAUCCCACCAAGUUCCAGCACCAGGGCUUCGGCAUGUUGCUCAUGGAGGAGGCGGAGCGAAUUUCUCGCGAGGAGCACGGCAGCACCAAAUUGGCGGUCAUAUCGGGAGUGGGCACCAGGAACUACUAUCGCAAGCUGGGGUACGAACUGGACGGACCGUACAUGAGCAAGAGCAUAGCCUAAU